GUUUGCCCCGGAAGUGGCUGUCUUCAGCUGACAGCUGCUUGCAAGGUGGCGGCGGCGGCAGGCCCCCAGCAAGAUGGCGUUGCGGCCGGGAACCGGAGCUGCCGGCGGCGGGGCUGCAGGAGCUGCUGGCACGGGAGCCGCUGGCACCGGGGGAAGCAGCUUCAUGUUUCCUGUUGCAAGUGGAAUAAGACCCCCUCAAGGCCUGAUACCAAUGCAACAGCAAGGAUUUCCUAUGGUUUCUGUCAUGCAGCCUAAUAUGCAAGGCAUGAUAGGAAUGAAUUACAGCUCUCAAAUGUCCCAAGGACCUAUCGCUAUGCAGGCAGGGAUACCAAUGGGACCAAUGCCAGCGGCAGGAAUGCCUUACCUGGGCCAAGCAUCAUUCCUGGGAAUGCGCCCAGCAGGCCCACAGUACACUCCAGACAUGCAGAAGCAGUUUGCUGAAGAACAACAAAAACGAUUUGAACAACAACAGAAACUCUUAGAAGAAGAAAGAAAAAGACGUCAGUUUGAAGAACAGAAGCAAAAACUCAGACUUCUGAGUAGUGUGAAACCCAAGGCAGGAGAGAAGAGUCGAGAUGAUGCUUUGGAAGCUAUAAAAGGAAACUUAGAUGGAUUUUCCAGAGAUGCUAAGAUGCACCCUACUCCAGCAUCGCACCCUAAGAAACCAGAUUAUCCUACAUCAUCUCAUUCUACUAAAACUGUCUCCCCAUCACCUACCUUUCUUGAUGAAGAAGAAUUCAGUGAUUUUAUGCAGGGACCUGUUGAAGUUCCCACAUGUGGGCCCUCUUCCACUUCCCAGCCUUUUCAGUCUUUCCAGUCCAUCGCCUCACUUGGCCAGUUGCAUACACAGAAGGCUGAAGCACAGCCUCUCCCUCCAGGCCCUUCCUUGGAAGAGAACCUCCUAGUGUCUUGUGAUAUAAGUACAUCUGGGCAGGAACAAAUUAAAGUAAAUACUUCUGAAGUCGGCCACAAAGGCCUAGGCCCAGGUUCCAGUAAGAAUCAUCCCAGUUUAACAGCCAGUAACAGGGUUGCUGUAGAUGGACGUGUAAGUGGUACCACUACUACAGAGGCAGAAAAGACUUCAGACCAAAACCUGUCCAUUGAAGAGAGUGGUGUGGGAGUUUUUCCCUCACAGGAUCCUGUUCAGCCAAGAAUGCCUCCUUGGAUUUAUAAUGAAAAUUUGGUUCCAGAUGCUUAUAAGAAAAUUUUAGAAACCACAAUGACUUCUACUGGAAUAGAUACUGCUAAACUUUACCCCAUUCUGAUGUCAUCUGGACUUCCCAGGGAAACUCUUGGACAGAUAUGGGCCUUAGCCAAUCGAACUACACCUGGCAAACUUACUAAAGAAGAACUUUAUGCUGUUCUUGCCAUGAUAGCAUUAACACAGAGAGGUGUUGCUGCCAUGAGUCCUGAUGCUUUAAGCCAGUUUCCAGCAGCUCCUGUGCCAACUUUAAGUGGCUUCCCUAUAAAUAUGCCUACUGCAGUGACCCAGACAGCUGCGAUGCCUUCAGGCCCUGCAGGUUCUGUCCCUCUCAACCUUGGACAGCCAGUCAUGGGCAUUAAUCUUGUUGGGCCAGUUGGGGGAGCUGCAUCCCAAGCUUCCAGUGGCUUCAUACCAACUUACCCUGCAAAUCAGGUAGUAAAACCAGAAGACGAUGACUUCCAGGAUUUUCAAGAUGCUUCUAAGUCAGGAUCCCUUGAUGACUCAUUCAGUGAAUUCCAAGAAUUGCCUGCUACUUCAAAAGCAAAUAAUUCUCAGCAUGGAAACAGUGCUCCAGCUUUGUUGAUGCCAUUUCCUGGAAAUAAAGCCCCAACUUCAGUGGAUAAAUAUGCUGUGUUUAAAGGAAUUGCUUCUGACAAGUGCUUUGAAAAUACUGUCCCCUUUACAGAACCUGAUGAUAAAUAUAGUGCUUUCAGAGAACUUGAACAGACAGCAGAGAAUAAAUCCUUAGGAGAAAACUUUGCAGAAUUCAGAUCUGCAGGAACUGAUGAUGGUUUUACUGAUUUUAAAACUGCUGAUAGUGUAUCACCAUUAGAACCACCUUCAAAAGACAAAACUUUCCCAGCAACUUUCUCCUCAGGAACUAUACAACAGACACAAGUGAAAAACCCUCUAAACUUAGCAGACCUAGAUAUGUUUUCUUCAGUUAAUUGCAGCAGUGAGAAACCAUUGUCUUUUUCCACUACCUUUAGUGCAUCAAAAUCCAUUUUCACACGAGCACAGUCCGUGGGAUCUGCUGCACCUGCAACAACACUGACUUCAACUAAAACUUCUAGUUUGGCUGAUGACUUUGGAGAAUUCAGCCUUUUUGGGGAAUAUUCUAGUCCAGCAUCCACUGGGGAGCAGGAUGACUUUGCAGAUUUUAUGGCUUUCAGUAAUAGCUCUGUGGCAUGUGAACAAAAGGCAGACAACAAAUACGAUGUCCUUAAAGAAGAAGCUAGUCCUGCACCUCUAACUAGUAGCUCGAGCAGCACGGUGAAGAGUGGACAAAACUCGGUUGCUGCAUCCAGCAAGUAUGAUGUCUUCAAACAACUUUCUCUGGAAGGGUCUGGACUAGGUGUUGAUGACCUGAAAGACAGCACUCCUUCAGGGAAAAACGAUGAUGAUUUUGCUGACUUCCACUCCAAUAAAUUCUCUUCCAUGAACUCGGACAAAUCCCUGGGAGAGAAAGCAGUGGCUUUCAAACACGCCAAAGAAGACUCCGCUUCUGUGAAGUCCUUGGACCUCCCUUCCAUUGGUGGCAGCAGUGUUGGCAAGGAGGACUCUGAAGAUGCACUCUCUGUUCAGUUUGACAUGAAACUGGCUGAUGUGGGAGGAGAUCUUAAGCAUGUCAUGUCUGAUAGCUCUUUGGAUUUACCAACAGUUAGUGGCCAGCAUCCUCCUGCUGCAGAUAUAGAGGACUUAAAAUAUGCUGCUUUUGGAACCUACAGUAGCAAUUUUGCAGUGAGCACACUUACAAGCUAUGACUGGUCAGACAGGGAUGAUGCAUCUCAGGGCAGAAAACUCUCUCCAUUUGUCCUCUCAGCAGGAAGUAGCUCCUCUUCAGCUGCCUCCAUUCUUCAAAAGAAAGAGACGUCAUUUGGCAGCUCUGAAAAUAUCACCAUGGCAUCUCUCUCCAGAGCAGCAAACUUUUCAAGUGAAGAUGCUCUUCCAGAAGCUACCUUCCCAGCCUUUGCCAGUUUUAAAGAUGUGGUUCCUCAGGCCAGUGAGCAAAAGGAAUAUGAAAGUGGUGACUAUAAAGACUUUACAAGACAGGACCUGCCUCCUGAACGAAGCCAAGAAGCCACAUGUGCAAGCCCAGCACCCAGCAGUGCUUCUCAUGGUACUCCCAAAGAAUGCGCAGAUGACUUUGGGGAGUUUCAGAGUGAAAAACCCAAAAUCAGCAAGUUUGACUUUUUAUUGGCCAAUUCACAAAGCAAAAUGAAAUCCAGUGAAGAAAUGAUCAAAAGUGAGCUGGCAACCUUUGACCUUUCUGUUCAAGGGUCACACAAGAGGAGUCUGAGUCUUGGUGAUAAAGAAAUAAACCGUGCUUCUCCUUCUCCUGCUUUGGAGCAACCUUUCCGAGACCGUUCCAACACUCUAAGUGAGAAACCUGCUCUGCCUGUCAUCCGUGACAAGUACAAAGAUCUGACAGGAGAGGUGGAGGAGAAUGAGAGGUAUGCAUAUGAAUGGCAGAGAUGUCUGCGUAGUGCUUUGGAGGUUAUUAAGAAGGCAAAUGAUACUUUAAAUGGAAUCAGUAGUAGUACUGUUUGCACAGAAGUAAUUCAGUCAGCUCAAGGAAUGGAGUAUUUACUAGGUGUUGUUGAAGUGUACAGGGUAACUAAACGUGUGGAGCUGGGAAUAAAAGCCACUGCAGUGUGUAGUGAGAAACUCCAGCAGUUGCUAAAAGAUAUUGAUAAAGUAUGGAAUAACCUAAUUGGCUUCAUGUCACUCGCCACACUCACGCCUGAUGAAAAUUCACUGGAUUUUUCAUCUUGUAUGCUACGACCUGGGAUUAAAAAUGCUCAGGAUCUUGCUUGUGGUGUUUGCCUCUUAAAUGUGGACUCCAGGAGCCGCAAAGAAGAGAAGCCUGCAGAAGAACAUCCUAAAAAAGCGUUCAGCUCAGAAACAGACAGCUUCAAACUGGCAUAUGGAGGACACCAGUAUCAUGCCAGCUGUGCCAACUUCUGGAUCAACUGUGUUGAACCAAAACCACCUGGUCUCAUCCUGCCUGAUUUGCUUUGAAAAGCUCCUCUCUGAAGUACCAACCGGGUUGUUUUUGUCACGCCCCAUGGAGUUAUAAGAACCAAUAAUUAGAAUGUGAGUACUGACUGCAAAAUUCAGCUCUUAAGAAUUCCCAAGAGGUGGGAAGGGAAGCCAAAGCUGCAGAAGCCACCAUUCA